GGGCGGGCGCCGGGGUCUGUGGCUGCACCGCAGCAUCUGGGGCCGCACCCCCAACCCGCCAGGGCCCGGGCGAGAGCGACCCGGGGCACGGGCAAAGGCGACGGCGCGCCGGGAGGGUGGAGGCGCCGGGACACCCGGGCUGCGGCCCAGGAGGCUGGGCGCCGGUGGGCCUGGCUGCUGCCGCCGGGCCGGCAUCAAAGCAGCGGCCGGCGAGCUGUAUCCUCGCCCGGGUCUGCGGGAAGCCGGUUCUGGGCACCCCUCGCAUUGCGGCCCCCAAAGCCCCGUUCCCGGGGGUGCGGCCGGGAAAGGAUACCUUGGAGGGGCGGUGGGUUCACCUGGUGCCGCAGCACCCGCCCUAGGCCGCCUCUCGGGAAUUUGGAAAAGAUUCCCCGGUCCCGUCCGGAGGCCGAUAGUCCUCUGAGCUUCCGAAGGAAGCCUGCGUGAACGUUGGGCGUUUUUAAAAGAAUCAUUGUGUUGGGUGGGGAUGUGGUCUGUCUAUAAAAGGCCGGGAAAGAACAAAAUCUGUUACCCACGGCCCUUCUCUAAAGAGACACCCUCUGGAGCUGAAAGCCUCAAGAACGGGCUCUCUCACGCCCCCAAUCUCUCGUCCUGCCAGCGUCCAAGGCCGGUCUGUUUUAAAUAUAUUUCUGCAAGUUCUGGAGUUCUAGCUGUAUGAUCAGUUUUCUGGAUCCCUCCUCUCCUGCCUUUUGCUCCUCUAGAAGAAUAUGAAGAGGCAUGUACUCAGACCUACUCAACUAGCCGCCUCCCCAGCAGGCAGUACUUAAUUUCAGAAAGGAGUCACUUUUUCAGACCUGUUCAAGCCACAUUAGCCUCUAGGAGCCCCCAGGUUCUGGUGCCGCAGGGACACGCCAAAGUCCUGAGGGCAGGAGAUUGUGAUCAGAGGAGGACCAUACAACUGUGAGGCGUCUCAGCAGAGGCUCUGGCAGUGUCCUCCCCAGAAGUGGACAAGGCCAGUCGGGUGGCAUCAUCAUGCUACAGCAGCUCCUGAUUACCCUGCCCACUGAGGCCAGCACCUGGGUGAAGUUGCACCAUCCACAGAAGGCCAAGGAAGGGGCACCCCUGUGGGAGCACGUGACCAAGAUGUUUGAAGGAGAAGCUCUGCUAUCUCAGGAUGCUGAUGAGACCCAGGGAGAAAGUUUAAAGGAUGAAGUGACUCCUGGGGCCCUGACAAGAGACUCCCAGGAACUGUUGACCUUCAAGGACAUAUCUGUGGACUUCACCCAGGAGGAGUGGGGGCAGCUGGCCCCUGCUCACCGGAAUCUGUACCGGGAGGUGAUGCUGGAGAACUAUGGGAACCUGGUCUCAGUGGGAUGUCAACUUUCCAAACCUAGUGUGAUUUCCCAGUUGGAGAAAGGAGAAGCACCAUGGAUGACAGAGAAAGAAGGCCCAGGAGAUCCCAGUUCAGAUUUGAAGAGUAAAACAGAAACACCUGCGUCAACUGCAAAGAAUGACGUUUUACAGGAACAGUUCUAUCAUGGCAUGAUGAUGGAAAGGUUCAUGAGGGAUGAUGUCAUUUAUUCCACAUUGAGAAAAGUCUCAAAAUAUGAUGAUGAGUUAGAAAGCCACCAGGAUAGCCGUGGAAGAGACGUGAGACAAACCAUCUUGACCCAUAAGAAGAGAGGCCAAGAAACUUACAAAUUUGGCAAAAAUAUUGUGAGUUCAAAUGUUGUUAUAGAACAGAGGCACCAUAAAUAUGACACACCUAGAAAGAGAAACAAAUACAAAUCAGAUUUAAUUAAUCAUCCAAUAAGUUACAUAAGAACAAAAACCUAUGAAUGUAAUAUAUGUGAAAAAGUCUUCAAACAACCCAUUCACCUUACCGAACACAUGAGAAUUCAUACUGGUGAGAAACCUUUCAGAUGUAAGGAAUGCGGAAGGGCCUUUAGUCAAAGUGCAUCCCUUACCACACACCAAAGAAUCCAUACUGGUGAGAAACCCUUUGAAUGUGAAGAAUGUGGCAAAGCCUUCAGACAUCGCUCAUCUCUUAAUCAACAUCAUAGAACUCACACUGGUGAGAAACCCUAUGUAUGUGAUAAAUGUCAGAAAGCUUUCAGCCAGAACAUUAGCUUGAUCCAACAUUUGAGAACUCAUUCUGGAGAGAAACCCUUUACAUGCAAUGAAUGUGGGAAAACCUUUAGACAGAUUAGACACCUUAGUGAACAUAUAAGAAUUCAUACGGGGGAGAAGCCCUAUGCAUGUACCACAUGUUGUAAAACCUUUAGUCAUAGAGCUUAUCUAACGCAUCACCAGAGAAUCCAUACUGGGGAGAGACCCUACAAAUGUAAGGAAUGUGGGAAAGCCUUUAGGCAAAGGAUACACCUUAGCAACCAUAAAACUGUUCAUACAGGAGUGAAAGCGUAUGAAUGCAACCGCUGUGGAAAAGCCUACAGGCAUGAUUCAUCCUUUAAGAAACAUCAGAGGCAUCACACAGGAGAAAAACCUUAUGAAUGUAAUGAAUGUGGAAAAGCCUUCAGCUAUAAUUCAUCACUUACUCGACACCAUGAAAUACACAGGAGAAAUGCCUUCCAGAAUAAUGCCUAAAAACAUUAUUAAACAUGAACAAAAGCCAGGUCUAAAUCAGCGAUUCUGUGCUUUGAAUUUCAGGACUCUAAAUUGGAGGAAUUGACAUAAUGAUGCCAACUUCUAAUUUUGCCCACUGUGUAAAUAAACAUUACAUUGAUAACUACUGUCUACUAAUAUCUCCACACAAAGUACUUAAUCAAGAAUAAAAGAUGGCCCUUCAAAUUAAGUUCAACAGUAUAGAAAAUUCACACAUUAUUACUUUUAUGAUUUCAUGGUAGAUUAAUAAAUUAUUCAUCAUGGGCAUUCACUGAUUUACAGACCAGCAUUUGGGAACUACUGUUUAAAACAUCACCACCCCUACUUUUUUGUAAUUAAAAAAAAAUUUUUUUUAAUGGGGAAAACUUUCACAUGGUAUAAACUUCAAAAGGUACAGUCAGUUGUGUAAGUGAAAAGACUUCUUCCUCCAUCCCCCAUCACAAAAUUCUACCAGAGGCAACCAUUUUUUAUAACUAAGUUUUUUGUACACCCUUCCAGAGAUCUUUCUGUUUAAAUCCAAGAGAAUACAUAUAUACAUUUUUUACUUUUUAAGCAUAAAUGGCAGCCCCCCAUACAAACACAUAUUACUUUUAUUACUUCACUGUAUAUCAUGGAGGUCACUCCAUAUCAGUAAAAAAAGUGCCUCCUCAUUCUUUUUUUAUAGCUGAUAGUAUUCCAUGGUUUGAAUGUACUUUAGCCACUUCACUAUAGAUGGAUUUUUGAAUUUCCAAUCUUUUAUUUAUAUGAUGUUGCAAUGAAUAGUCUUAUGCAUCUUUAUUUCUCACAAUGUAAGUACAUGCAUAGGGUAAAUUCCUAGAACAGGAAUUUCUGUGCUAAAGGGUAUGCACAUUUGUAUGAUGGAUACUGCCAAAUUGACCUUCAUAGAGGUUGGACCAAUUUAUUUUCCCACCAGCAAGAUACAGAACUGUGGGAACCGUAUCUGGUGCUGAAGCAUCUCCUGAGCCAACAGCCCCAUCAUCCAUUAAAGAAGUAUCAGCUUCUCUCAACAACAUAGCCUAGAAGUACCAGCCGAGCUGCAUCCCCAUAAAGAGCAGCACUUGCCAUCCCUGGAGCCAGAGAGAAAUCUGCAUGUUAUCAAAUAGCAGCCAGACCCACCAAAGUCUCAGUUGGAGAAGGAGAAGACAUCUCUCCACCAACUGUUACAGUCCCUGACUUCUGAGUCUGGAACUGUCUGAUGAAUUAGAGUUCCUUUAAAGAGACUGAUCCACCUGCCUUAGCAAGUAUAAUCUUGGCUGCAACCCCUUUGUUUGGAAUGGAGGAAAACUGACAAUGGAGUCAGGGUACUUAAUAUAGCAGGAUAUACCACAGCUGAUCAACUGGCCAUACGUAGCAUUUUACAGGAUGGCUAUGUUAGCGAGUUACAGUUCACAUGUGGAAGGAGACAGAAACGAGGUAGGACACGACUUUCUAAUUAAUAAACAUUAAUUAAUGAAGCGAGCAUUAAUUAAUUAGUUGACAUUGCUUAUUAUGUGUGAAAGCUGAGUGCCAAUGUCAGGACCACAGUGAUUUUGUACAUGUUCAUUUUCCAUUCUGGUAAAGUUUUAUUAAAGUUUUAGUGAU